UAGAAGCGGGGUGCAUGAUAGAAUACUAAUCACCUUGUUCAGUCGAACGUGUGCCUCGUUACGAGGCACGUCGGCUGGGGCCCAGUGAGCCGGCCGACGUACCGUUCGCCUCUCCGCAACGUCAUACUUGAUCCUCGGCACGACCACCAAUCAAUGAGCCUGAGGGUCGCGGCUUCCCCGAACCAAACAUGCCGCAGAGAAACAAUACAACAUCGGUUCCGAAACCGUUCCGAUCGCGUGAACUCUAUGCGCUCGAUGUCUUUCAAGCACUGCACAUCAGUAAACAUUUGAGACAUUUCAAAGUGCAUAUUGUUACCAUCCAUCAUGGCGGUCACCAAAGACAAUCGAACACUAGCAAUACUCAAUGCCGCUGCAAAAGGCAAUUAUGGCGUCAUGGCUGCAAUCGCCUACAACGUUGAGCAAUUGACAGCCCUCGUUCGCGCGGCGGAAUCGAAGCGAUCGCCCUUGAUAAUUCAGCUGUUCCCAUCGACCCUCAAGCAAUUGCCCCUUCUCGCCCAUGCGGCCGCGCAUGCCGUAAAAACCGCAACAGUACCUCUAUCUUUACACAUCGACCACGCGCAGAAUGUGGAGCACAUCCGAGAGAUCAUCGCGACGCUACCGGUCGACUCAGUCAUGGUCGACAUGUCGCAUUACGAUGAAGCCGAGAAUCUAGAGAAGACUCGGAUACUGACCAAGGAGUGUCAUGACAAAGGCAUCGCUGUAGAAGCAGAGAGCGGGCGGAUAGAAGGUGGCGAAGAUGGUAUCGCCGAUACAGGAGAUCUUGAAGCGCUCUUCACAUCGCCUGAAGAUGUCGACAACUUCAUCAACGCCGGUAUCGAUAUAUUAGCCCCAUCGAUCGGAAACGUACACGGCGAUUACGGCCCCGCUGGUCCGAAGGAGGGACAACUACACUACGACCGCCUCGAAGCGAUAGACAAGCAGAUAAAUAAGCGCGUCUUGGUCGCGUUACACGGCACCAAUGACUUUCCUGCUGAAGUCAUGCAAAGAUGUAUACGAUCUGGCGCAAUCAAGCUGAAUGUCAACAAGCUUCUACUUGAGGUGGGGAAUGAAGUGCUGAGGAAGCACGCACCAACUACUUCCCUAGCGAAGUUGAUUGAUAUGCAGAUAGAGGUCAUACAAAAGGAGACGGAGAGGUGGAUGGACAUUUGUGGUAGUAGCGGUAAAGCUUGAAAGGGAAAUAGACCAAUGACACAACAGCAUUGUACUGUUAUAUCAACCGAGCA